AUGUUUGGAAGUCUACAAUACAUCAUGUGGACCGACUACUAUCAAGCCCCAGUUCCCCUCACUAUCCUCUACACUGGCAACGCAUACGACGAUCUCAACCAACCCAUGACCUAUUCUCUGAACUUUACUUGUCCUCCUCCACCAAUACUAUAUGUUAACAGUUAUAGUGGACCAUUAGUGAGGAAUAGAGUGGUACCAAUGAUGUUAUAUCCCCCUGGAUUCACUGAUGGUUUCCAAACUGUUGUCAAGGUUAGUGAUCAAUUCCUCCCAAUAUAUGGAGAAUACUUGUGUUCGGCAUUGGGAUACACUUGCUUGAUGUACACUCUGAGAGCCGACCCCGAGAACACAGGUACCUUGGUUCAAUUGUAUAUUUAUCCCGACAUCGCCUUGGUUGAGUUUGAUAAAUAUCGUCUGCCAAUCAACAUCACGGUGACCAACACUGCUCGCAAGGCAUGGAUCAUCUUCCCAGCACUGGUAACACAAACAACGCAACUGACCCAGGGAGUAGUAGCAUUCAACUAUAACAUGGAUAUUGGUCUCGUCCCAAGGAAAUUCAAUCCCAACUUUGCGGCCGUGAUCACUCACACACCUGGCGCCACAUACUUCCUCAAUCCCAACGCAUCAGCACCAUCGGCCAUGGCAUGUUUCAAGGUUGUCAAGCCUGUCACCAACUUAGAGGACGGGACUGUACGCACUCUCGCAAUCUCAGUCAUCACAACCGUCAAAAUGAUGUUGUUGGAGGUCACCAACAACCCCGUAUCCAUCUACAACUACAACCUACUCACAACAGACCCAAUAACUAAACCUGCCACAGUUUCAAAUGUGAUUGGAUUGAAUAAUGGCCAAAAGUUUACAUCAACCUUUAUCUUGCCAAGUUAUGUAAGGUGUAGUUUUACAAACGCACCUACAGGACUAUGGUUUGGAUCAGAGCUCACCUAUCCAUUUGGUGUCACCAAUAUUGUAUCGGGUGGCAACACCACACUAUCCUUCACAUUCUCCGCCUCAAACUUCAUGCCCUCCAAUCUACUUCAAAUGGAUUGUGCCUACGGCACUGUCACAAUCACAACCCCGAUCGCAUCUAACAGGACCGAUAUAAAGAGGCCAUCAGUUGAAGCAUUUGAAUUGGUUCCACUCAAGGACAACUUGUUCAUACUCCGUGCGACCUUUGUGGAUGAUAUGAGUGGAUUCGCAAGAUUACAUAUUUACUUCUCAACUGGAGAGAUAUAUGAUGUGGACUACCGUGACCUGUAUUCUGGAACAAACUUGAAUGGAAAUUAUGAGAAGUUGAUCACACUCAACUAUGCAACAAACGAGACACCAAAGUUCUACAUGUUCCUCACGGACUAUUCCACCAACAUGGGUCCAAACGAUCUAGGAUAUUCAAUCUCUGGCAUGGUCCAAGGAUUCAAAACUGGAAAUUAUAUUAUUGGCCCUGAAGACUUUACAUUGUUCUACUUUGACAAGUAUGAGAUGGAUGUAAGCAAUCAGACAAUGAUGAACAAGUUGUAUAUCAGGUCGCCAAAGUUGAGAAAUAGAUGGCAGGUAACGAUGACAUAUGGUGCAGUUGAGGAGAACCCUUUAUAUCAAAACAAAGGAGUGUAUGAUGCUAGUCGUGAUCUCUAUGUCAUAACAUUCAAUGUUCCAGCGAGGACUAUGACCAAACAGAUGCAAUACUACAUUACUCUCAAACCAGCCAAGACGGUGAACUCACCUUCCAACUAUUCGCCAGACCGUUCGUUCUACCUUCCCAACUUGGUGGGAUCAAUCAUUAUCAACAGUGAUCAACUGAUCAAACAAUUCCCGUACAGUUCAGUCGUCAACAUCAAGUCAACAUAUGGAGAUGAGUUGCCACCAAUGAUCACGUAUGUCAUGGCAGUUCCGAGCAAUACACCGGUGAUGACAGUGGCUGGAAAUAUGGAGAUUGGCUGGAACUUAACGAUUGGGGACCAUUUUAAUGGUUUCCAUCAUGGAAUUAUAAGAGUGAUAAGUGAUGUGGAUGGAUUCGAACGUACAAUCUUGGUCAACUCUAGCAAUAGGAUUGAGGGCAAUGAGACCAUUGGAGUCUACCAGGUACUAUUCAAUGUGACCUCUGACUUCAAAACUCAAACAUUCACAUUCCGUGACAUUGAUCUGUAUGACAAAUCAAUGAACCUUGCAACCUACAGGUCAUUCGAGCGUCAAUUCAAGACCCUAUCACCCUUGGCCUACAUCGUGGAUUACAUUGACUCUGUCCUUCAGCUCAACAUCAAACUGACCACAGCAUCCAAUGAUGUUACACCACCUGUUCUCGAGACUUUGGAUGUACUCACACCUAUUGUGGAUGUUGGAUCAACAGAAAGAUGGGUCAAGAUUCAAUUCACAGUUAGGGAUGCUGGUGGAAUGAGUCCAAGACACAACCCAGUAGUAUACCUUACAGGAUACUUAUUCGAAACAUUCAAGAUGGUGGCAGAGAUAUAUGGUCAGAACGCCGAUCCAAACGUGUACACAUACCAAGCCAUUGGAGAACUACCUUAUGGCUUUGGAUUCACAAGUGCCGGACAAAACAUUGACUCACCCGAAGUUUAUAUAUCAGUAUAUGGAUUGGUGGACAAGAGUCAGAACAUCAAUGGGUACAGCACUUCUAUGUUGCCAAACAAUGGAUUGGUGACCAGCACCAUGGGCAUCAAAUUCACACAUAUAUCACCAAUCUUUGAGGGAUACAUGCUUGAUCCAAAUGGUGCACCAAUCAUCACGGUCUAUGGAAAGAACUUUGCAAAAGAUGUUAUGAUGGCUGAUACCGCCAAUCCCACCAUCUUCAACAAGACCUUUGGAUCAGUUGUUGUUGCGGUGUUCAACUUCACCACACCUACUAAUGAGCCCACUACCAUGGUCGUCUUACUCAAGAAUUUCGACGGCACAUACUAUUCCAAUCCGAUCGGUAUCAGCUACUUCCCACCCGUCGUCGUGGUCAUACCCACAGUCAAUUGUUCAGGCACGCCACAAUGCUCCAACCAUGGAGAAUGCUCUCCAACCUUUGGAUGUCAAUGUUACGAUGGAUAUUAUGGAGAUGAUUGCUCAUCAAAGGCUGUUCCAAAUGUUCCAGUGAUCAAUCCGGAUUAUCCGACAACAGUGUAUACUUUCAAUUCGAGUGGAAUGACGAUUGUUGGUGAGAUUGAGAUUGUGAGAGUGAGAGUGUUGGAUCAACUUGGCGCUGAGUUGGUAUCAUUUCCAAUCAAUCAAUGGAAUGUUUCCAGUCCAAGUUCGACAGGUUAUGCUUAUGACUAUGUCUCUAACUUUGGUCCGAAUAACGGUGCUACGAUCAAGGUUGGAGUGCGAUGGUUCACAAAGGAUGAGAACAUCACAUUCGCAGGCGACGUGCUCCCAAUGAAGAACAACACAAUCAAGUACACCAUCACGCUGUCCAACUACGUGUUCCCAAGUCAACUAGAUUCGAUGCAAGUUGUGAUGCGAGCCACAAUCAACACGACUGACCCCAACUCAUGCUCCGCCGAACAAUUUGGAUACACCGAAGGCAACAAGGACAACCUGUUCUGGAUGCGUGUCAAGGUUCAGAGUUACAGUGUGUACGGCCACUUCAUCCAGAAGGCGAUGGUCGAUGGCAGAAGCUUCACUCGACAAGCUGUGAUGGACCCAGACUUCCAACUGUUGCUGGACAUUGAUGAUGCAUCAACUGUGGAUGGUGCUGUCUGUUCCAAACGUAAAGAUGGUGGUGGUAGUGGAUCAUCCAAACUAUCAACACUGGCCAUAGUAGGUAUAGUUGUACUCUGUGUCGUUAUAGUUGCUGCCAUUGUAGUUGCUGUUGUCAUGCGUAUGAGAGCAGUAAGAAGAAGACAAAGCGAAGUGCACCGCAUCCAAAUGAAGCUGAAUCGUUUGUCCGAACAACAACCACAACAACAAUAA